AUGGAGACCCUCACCUUCGAGGUGGUCGGAUUUCACGGAUCCUACCACACCAUCUUGGGGUGGCCAUGCUAUGCAAAGUUCAUGGCCAUCCCCAACUACACGUACCUCAAUCUCAAGAUGCCGGGCCCGUGUGGGGUCAUCACUGUCGGCUCCUCUUUGCAGCGUGCCUACCAGUGCGAGGUGGAGAGCUGCGAGCUCGUCUCGGCGGUCAUCGCCUCUGGGGAACUCGGAGUCAUCCGGGAGGAAACCACGGAGGAGGCGUCCGACUCCAAGUGGAGCAUCAGAUCCUUUGAGCCUACAGAGGGUGUCAAAGAGAUCCUCAUCAACCCCGACAACUCGGGGGACAAGAGGGUGCGGAUCGGCACAGUGCUCUCCUCCAAAUAG